AUGAAAACUGAAUCAAGUACUACAACAUUAGAAGGAUUAAAUAAAAAAUCAUCAUUUGGAUCAUGUUUAAAGAAAAUACAUAUACAAAUCAUUAUUUUUCUCGGUCUUUUUAUUAUUUUUAUAAUAGUCCUAGGCAAUAAUAAUUUAUGCCAGAGUUCAUUUUGUAUUAAAGCAGCUAAAUAUCUCAUCAACAGUAUCGAUCAAUCAAUUGAUCCAUGUGAUAAUUUUUAUCAAUUUACUUGUGGAAAAUGGUUAAAAAAUAAUAGAACAUCUGAGGAUGAAAAUAAAUGGAAAUUUCCCGGUAUAAUACUUGAUGAAAAUAUUAUUGAUUUACUAUCGACAAAUGAAACAAUUAAACUUCAAUCUGUAAUGAAUGCUCGUAUUUUAUAUAGUUCAUGCAUUAAUGAAACAAAUAUUGAAAAAGAAGGAAUUGAUCCUGUUUUAUUAUUAAUUAAUACUCAGUUUGGUGGUUGGCCUAUAUUACAAGCUUCAUCAUGGAAUAGUUCAACAUUUAAUUUAAUAAAUCUAUUACUUAAACUUCAUCAAUACAAUAAUAAUUUUAUUUUCUCAAUAUCUAGUGAAAUUGAUGAGAAAAAUUCAACAGCAACUACUAUUUUAAUUGGUCAAGGUAGUCUUGGAUUAUCACAACGUCAAUAUUAUACAAAGGAAACUAAUAUUACAAUUGCUUAUCGACAAUUUAUGUAUAGCAUAGCCAAAGCAUUAACAAAUGAUACUUCAAUGAUCGAUCAAGAUAUCAAAGAAAUAUUCGAUUUUGAAAAGAAUAUUUCAAAAUAUCAUUGGACUUAUGUUGAACAACAAGCUCGAUAUAAUAAAACAAUUCGAACAACAAUUUCUAAUCUUUCUCGUACAUUAAAAACUAGUGUAAGUCUUUCUUAUCUUUAUGAAUUAUUCUUCGUUUUUGUUGUUGAACAGUUUGAUUUUACUACUUAUCUUCAUCAUCUAUAUUUGUUUGGUAACGUAAUUCUAAAUAAAUUCGAUCUUGUAACAAUAAAAGAAUUAGAUUUUUUGAUUAAUGUUAUAUCUAUUGUGAAUAAAACUUCAUCACGUAUUGUUCAAAAUUAUUUUAUAUGGCGUUUUCUAAUGAGUCAAUCAGAAUAUAUGCCAAAAUAUAUACGUAAUAUUAAAGAACAAUUUAAUCAAGUUUUUCAAGAUACUUCUACUGAAGAAUUAAGAACAGUAGAAUGUGCUACUUAUGUUAAUAAGCAUAUGGGUUUAGUAAUUUCGAAACUUUAUAUUAAAAAAUAUUUUGAUAAAAAUGCUCGUAAUCAGUCGUUAAAAAUGAUUGAAAAUAUUCAAAAUUCAUUUAUGAAUCUUAUCAAUCAAUCUUAUUGGAUGGAUGAUAUAUCAAAAAUGAAAGCAAUAGAAAAAGCUAAAGUCAUCGAUAAAAAAAUUGCUUAUCCUGAUUAUUUAGUUAGUGAUAAUAAUACAAAACUUGAAAAUGAUUAUUCAAUGUAUGUUUUCAAUACAUCUUUUAUUUAUAAUACUUUCAAAAUUUAUCAAAUAAAAGCUAUAGAAAACUUUCAAUUUCUUCGAAAACCUAUUGUUCGAAAAGUAUGGCCAUCUAUUUCAUCAGCUAGUAUUAAUGGAUAUUAUGAUCCAUCUCAAAAUCAAAUUAUUAUUCCGGCUGGUAUUCAUCAAAUGCCAUACUUUCAUAAAGAUGCUCCAAAAUAUCUUAAUUAUGGUAGUAUGUAUUAUUCAAUAUUGACGAUAUAA